GAAGGAAAGUGAGUACUAGUUACUGAGCCUAGGGAGUAUAAAUGUGCAGGGCAGUAGACAGAGGUGAGGUUCUAGAAUUCCAGCUGGUUAGAUCACACACGGACAUUUGUGAGGCAGGAGUUUCUGGUGGUUAAGACUUACUCCUGAGAGCAACUGUGACAAGAGUUUGAGCCUACGGGGGAUUAGGGCUCCUAGAGCGCCGCCUCUUGGAAAACAGGCCCCUUCAGUGCCUUGUGAUCAGGGCCGCGGUGUUUCAUUAGCUGGGGAUUUCGAGUACCUUAGGGAGCUGGGGCAGCGUUCCCACAGUGGCUCCCGGCAUUUCUGAACAGCCUUUCAACGCGGAGGGCUCCUGGCCGCCGGCCGGCCUGGGGGCGGCCCCGACCCGCUCGGGUGUACGGCCGCCCCGGAAGUGACGCGCUGUGCUGCCUGCCUUGCGGAAGUGGCGAUGGCGGAGCUGUACGUGAAGCCGGGCAACAAGGAGCGUGGCUGGAACGACCCGCCGCAGUUCUCCUACGGGCUGCAGGCACUGGCUGGGGGACCCAAGCGCACGCCGCUCACCAAGAGGGUCGCCGCUCCCCAGGAUGGCUCCCCCGGAGUCCCCACCUCACAGACUUCUCCUGGGCCUCCCCCAGUGGGGCCUCCACCUCCUUCAAAUAAGGCUUCCAGGCCCCCACCUGUGGGAAGUCAUCCUGCCUCCAGUGUGGGGCCAACCAAUUUCCCAGUCAUCGAAUCUGAAACUCUUCUGGAAGAUGUGCUCAAACCUUUGGAAGAGGCACUGGAGGACUGCCGUGGCCACACAAAGAAGCAAGUAUGUGAUGACAUCAGCCGCCGCCUGGGUCUGCUGCGGGAACAGUGGGCUGGAGGGAAGCUGUCAGUGCCUGUGAAGAAGAGGAUGGCCCUGCUGGUGCAAGAGCUUUCAAGUCACCAGUGGGAUGCAGCAGAUGACAUCCACCGCUCACUCAUGGUUGACCAUGUGACUGAGGUCAGUCAGUGGAUGGUGGGAGUUAAAAGAUUAAUUGCAGAAAAGAGGAAUCUGUCUUCAGAGGAACAGUCCAAUGAAGAGAAAUCUACAGCCACAGCUGAGGAGAACCAGACGGUACCAGGCGUCCAAGAGGUUCCAUAAUCCCGUGGGAUCCCGACUCACACCAUUUCCUAUGCCUUGGCCUUCUCUCACCUGGCUCCCUCUUACCAUUUGGGAGACUGUCUGCCUCCUUGGGAUCCUUCGCCUGAUCUACCCAUCUCUGGGGGAAGAGGUGUCAGCCACCUGGGCCACAGGGAAGUCACCUGUUACCCAUAACAUAUCAUUUCAAUAAAAACAUCUUAAUAGUGG